CCUCACCUCUAGCCUCCGCCUCUCUGCCUCCUACAAAGUGGGGGGUCGGGCUGGGAAAGCCCCCUGGGAAAUUCCCACAGAGCAGGCAGAAGGGGGAGGAGAGGCAGGGUCUCAGACGGUAGGAAGCUGCCUGCCCACUCUUAUUUAAGCCGCUUCCCCUGGCGGUCACAAGACAGAGAGGCAGGCAUGGAGUCCAUCCUGGCCCUCCUGCUGGCCCUGGCCGCCUUACCCUUCCAGCUCAGCAGAGGCCAGUCCUUCCAGGUGAAUCCGCCUGAGCCUGAGGUAGCUGUGGCGAUGGGCACAUCCCUCCAGAUCACCUGCAGCAUGUCCUGCGGUGAGGGCAUAGCCCGGGUGCAUUGGCACGGCCUGGACACCAACCUGGGAAGUGUGCAGACCCUGCCAGGCAGCAGCAUCCUCUCUGUCCGCGGCAUGAUGUCGGACGCCGGCACUCGUGUGUGCGUGGCCUCCUGUGGGAGUCGAAGCUUCCAGCAUUCCGUGAAGAUCCUUGUGUAUGCCUUCCCGGACCAGCUGGCGGUGUCCCCGGAGUUCCUUGUACCUGGACAGGACCAGUUAGUGUCCUGCACGGCCCACAGCGUCUGGCCUGCAGGCCCGGACAGUCUCUCCUUUGCCCUGAUGCUGGGAGAGCAGAGGCUGGAGGGUGCCCAGGCCCUGGAACCAGAGCAAGAGGAGGAGAUGCAAGAGGCUGAGGGCACACCGAUGUUCCGGGUGACACAACACUGGGUGCUACCCUCCCUGGGGUUCCCCGCCCCUCCGGCCCUGUACUGUCAGGUCACCAUGCAGCUGCCCAAACUGGUGCUGACCCAUAGAAGGGAGAUCCCAGUACUACAGAGCCAGACCUCACCUGAGCCCCCCAACACGACCUCUGCUGAGCCCUAUAUCCUGACUUCAUCAAGUACUGCUGAGGCAGUCUCCACUGGGCUCAACAUCACAGCCCUGCCUUCCACCCCUCGACACCCCAAGCUUAACCCCAGGACUCUGAGUUCCGAGGGACCUUGCCACCCCCAAAUCCACCAGGGCCUGGAGGCGGGCUGGGAAUUGCUCUGCGAAGCAUCCUGCGGACCCGGUGUGACCGUGCACUGGACCUUGGCUCCUGGUGACCUGGCAGCCUACCACAAGGAGGAGAUCGGGGCCCAGGCACGGCUAAGCACUCUGCCCCCAGGUCCCUUUCCAGAGGGCUGGUUCCAGUGCCGCCUGGACCCUGGAGGGCAAGUGACCAGCCUGUAUGUUCCUGGCCAUGUGAUCCCAAAUCCCUCCUCCGUCAUGGCCCUGUGGAUGGGAAGCUUGGUGCUGGGGCUGCUUGCACUGGCCUUCCUUGCCUACCACCUGUGGAGACGCUACCGGCCAGGUCCUCGCCCAGACACCAGCUCGUGCACGCUCCUAUGAAGUCUCAAUUAUGCCAGACUAAAUAAAGGAGGCAGAAGGUGACCAACUACAGGAUUUGGGACAUCAACAUGACAGUGUGGCCCCUUUCCUUGGUGGUCCGCACAUCUAGAAGCUCCUCCCAGGCAACUGGGCCCUCCUGCCUGCUGGCCCAGAGCUAAAUAAAGGCCCCGUGUCUAGCCA